GUUUUACAUUCUUCUUUAUACCAAUGCAGUCAUGAAAUACAAUAUUUUAUUAUUUUGGGGGGUACAAGUCAAAACUUCUGAUCCUCAGCUUUCUCUGAACCGUAAUCCCAGCUCACAGGGUCCCUGGGGAGAAUCAGACAAGGUGGCAUGUAAGCGUUAGCUGUGAGGGGUAAUGUGGGGUUACGGCUCCAGGGUGGAAGGUUUACAGUGUGCGAGGGCAGCCUAGAGCCAUGAGACCUACAGGGCUCUCUGGGUGUUGGGAGAUACCUCUUUCACUUCUUAUAACACUGCAAGAGACAGACAGGCUGGGUCUCACUGUGUCCAUUCUAAGGCUAAAAAACUGCAGCUCAGACCAGUUCAGCAACUCUCCUACAUCAUGUGGCUAAAGCUAAGAAUUGUGACCCAUUUUUCUGAAUCCAGGUCCCCGCGAUGCCCUGGGUUCAGACCCUAACACCCUCCCAUCCCUGAGUGCUGGGGAUUUAAGGCAGCAGUGCCUCCUUUCAGGAAAUCACACACACACUGGAAACUCCUGCAUGCUCCUCUUACUAUAAUCUGUCACCAAAGGCUGGAUAUUCCUGUGCUGGGGCUUGUGCCAGCGCCUUGGGCUGCCAGGUGCUGCUUUCCAACUCCCACAUGGGCUGCCCUCCCCCUACUGCUCCUCACAGGGCCCCCACUCCACCUGCUACCAGACGAGGCCGACUCCUGGCCAAGCUCAGGGGCACAGCAGAGGCGCUCUGUUUCUGAUUUUUCUCGCCUUCCUUGGAGAUGCCUGUGCUUGGAAGGGAAGGCAGAACAUUGCAUCUUGGAACAAAUCUGCUUUUGAUCAUGCAAAUGAAUGCCUGGUUAAUGUAGGCAGACUGUCAAUUUCACCAGUUAGAAAGAAAGAGAAAAGGGGGGGAAAUUCCUCAUGACAGCGCCUGAUGAAGAAUUUCAAUAGAAAGCUGCUACUUCAGAAAAUAAGAUCAUUUGCCGCGAAUGGAGAACAUCUCAGGCAGCCCUGAUGCUCCACCGAUGACCGAGGGAGCAGGGUCCUCGUCAGUUCCUGACCGUUGUGUCACUCCAGCUGACAGUGCUGCUAUGGGGCCCAACGGCACCUGAUCCCCACCUCCUGAGGUCUUGGAAUAGACGUCCAUCUCUCCAUAUACUGGAGGAGGCAUCCAGUCCCAGGGCACCUCCUGCUGCCUGGCCCCACCGGGUUUAUUUGAACAGUCUGACUUCAUCAAUCCACAGAGCCUUCUAACAAUUCAAGCUAAAUCCCAGUUCCUGGAAUAUGCCUUGCUCAAUAAAGUUUUACAAAAGAAAUGACAGGGAAUAAAUUCAGAGCCUCAUCUGUACUAGAUUCUUGCUUGUCCUUGCAGAGAGAAGCCUACUCAGAGUGGUUAGUGAAAACAGGAACCUGCCCUUCUGCAAGCCCUGUGCCUUCCUCGUUCCUAGCAGAGGAAGUAUGCGGCCAGUUUAGCAACUGCAGUUCUUCUGGGUAGCAUGGGCUGCUUCUCCACACUCGCGAGAGGCCCGGCUGCCUGUUUAUUCCGGAGCAGCAGCAGUUGACAGACGGAGAGGCAGUGACUCUGCGCCCAGCAAUCCCUCUGCAGACAGCUCCCACAGGAGUCAUGCACAGUGUGUGAAGCCCUGACACAGCCCCUUCUUUCACGGAGACUGAACUCUGACUGGCAAGACAGAACAGGAGUGAGUGCAAGCAACAGGAGAGAAGAGUGUUAAGGUAGAAGAACCCAGGCCUCCAGGACUGACUCAAACUUUCUCAUCUUGUGACCCUGGGCUCUGGGCAUCACCAGCGGCCCCAGGGAAAAAGAAAGAAAUGGGAAACAGCAUGAAAUCCGCCCCUGCACCUGCCGAGAGGCCCCUGCCCAACCCAGAGGGACUUGAUAGCGACUUCCUUGCCGUGCUGAGUGACUACCCAUCUCCUGACAUCAGUCCCCCGAUAUUCCGCCGAGGGGAGAAACUGCGUGUGAUUUCUGAUGAAGGGGGCUGGUGGAAAGCUAUUUCUCUUAGCACUGGUCGAGAGAGUUACAUCCCUGGAAUAUGUGUGGCCAGAGUUUACCAUGGCUGGCUGUUUGAGGGUCUGGGCAGAGACAAGGCCGAGGAGCUGCUGCAGCUGCCAGACACAAAGGUCGGCUCCUUCAUGAUCAGGGAGAGUGAGACCAAGAAAGGGUUUUACUCACUGUCGGUGAGACACAGGCAGGUAAAGCAUUACCGCAUUUUCCGCCUGCCCAACAACUGGUACUACAUUUCCCCGAGGCUCACCUUCCAGUGCCUGGAGGACCUGGUGAACCACUAUUCUGAGGUGGCUGAUGGCCUGUGCUGUGUGCUCACCACACCCUGCCUGACACAAAGCACGGCUGCCCCAGCAGUGAGGGCCUCCAACUCACCUGUCACCUUGCGUCAGAAGACCGUGGACUGGAGGAGAAUGUCCAGACUGCAUGAGAACCCUGAGGGAACAGAGAACCCACUUGGGGUAGACGAAUCCCUUUUCAGCUAUGGCCUUCGAGAGAGCAUAGCCUCUUACCUGUCCCUGACAAGUGAGGACAACACCUCCUUUGAUCGAAAGAAGAAAAGUGUCUCCCUGAUGUACAGUGGCAGCAAGAGAAAGAGCUCAUUCUUCUCAUCACCACCUUACUUUGAGGACUAGCCAAGAACAGACACAAUGGUUCAUGCCCAAAAGGAACAGAAGUUCCAACUAUUGCCUGGGAUCUUGCAAAAAGCAAGGUUCCCUGAUCCCCGGGAACCUCACAUAUUUUAAAAGCCAAGAGAAGCCACACGGAGACUCAAAUUCACAUCUUCUCUAUCCACAUCGUGACCAAAGGAACCCCCUCGCCCCCCGGUGUCUGAUCAGGGCUGUGGCAUCACGAAACAUUGGAUCAUGACAUGUCAGGCGAUGCUUGGAAAAGCCCAGCAUGUAUGUAUGCACACAUUGUGUGUGUGGGAAGGACAAAGCCACUCGCACAAGAAAGUGCACCAGGACUGUUCUCCAAGGAACUGUACCUGUCCAGAUAGUACUCUGAGGUCAUUGGAGAGAACUUCUGCAUGGGCAAGCCUGAGAGGGAGAGGAAACAAAAGCUGUGGCCUGGCAGAAGGUCUGGGUUUGCAGAUGGGUGCCCUGAAUGGAACUACUUUAACCAAUCCAUAGGGACCUCUGGUAUGAUUUCCUCUCUUUUUAAAGGAACUUCGUGACACUAAACAUUAGCCCAAAGGACUUCUUAGCCUUCAAAUGGGAGAUACCUUUGGCCUGCUCCCACACCAAAGCCAUGUGGGUGGAAGUCAGAUGGCCCCCUGAUUCUGCAGAGGGCCAGAAGAAUGAGAGGAAGGCUGCUGGCAGGGAAAUCAAGGGGACGAGCCUAGAACAGCACCAGCUUCCCUGAUGUCUGCAGUCACGGCUUUGCAGCGCAGACAGAGCUUCUCUGAGAUGCUGGGAUUCUUGUCUGUAUGAAUGCAUCAACUAUUCAUUUAUUGCCUGAAUAGGCAUUGCAUUAAGUCCUGUGUAAGGUGUCAGGCAAGCCAAAAAAAAAAAAAAAAAAAAAAGAUGCAUAAGUCCCAACCCCCAACAGAGGUGUUCACAGUGUAGACAGGGAAAAAAAAAUGUAUAAACAAAUGUGUAAAAAGAGAAAUCAGCUCAUGGCUUAGGAUGGAAUUGGAGACAGGUGAGAGACACUCAGGAGCUCAUUUUCCAGCUGCUCUUCAGAGUGGAAGGGCUGGCUGGAUCGGGUAGGUAAGAAUAGCUGGAUUUUUUUUUUUUUAAGAAAUGGACGCAGUCUAAAGAAUUAACUCACGCAGUACUUUAUUCUAAGAAGGGUCUGGCAUCCAUAUGAGGAAAAAUGCUGAACUCCAGGAAAGAUGGGGAGUUCAAGUGGAUUAAUGAUGUCACGCAUAAUUUUAAGAGACAAGGGAGAAAACACAAUGUAUAGCCAGAGAAGGAGAAGCUGCCAUCCAAAUCCUGCUAGGAAAAGAGUGGGCUGCAGAUGAAUCUAUGACUCAUGUUUCCCGGUUUCAAAGGGAUUCUGGGGAAGGAGGGGAACAUGCUUGCAGUACCUCUCCCUGUCUGUCUGCUCACAUAAGCAUUCCGUCCAUCUGAGCUCAUCGUGCUAGUGGUAUGUAUAUGUGCAGUUACACGACUUUCUGUAUCAUAGAUUCCAGUGUGUUUAUACAAGGAGACAUCUGUGGUUUCCCCAACAAUUCCAAAAGGCUAUUUCAAAGGAACCAGCCAACGUGCGAGAAAUGAAUGUAACACUGUGGAUAUUGACUUCCCGCAUAAGGCAGGUGACCCCCUGAACUCCAGAUGUCUGCACAGCAUCUUAUGUUCUUAUGUAUUGUUUUCUGUUGUGAAGAAUGUGAUUGGAAUGUUUGGGGAGCACCAGAGGGAUUUCUAAAUGGGAAGCAUUACACUUUGCUAAAUCAUGUAUUUAUUCCUGAUUAAAAUAAACCUAAUAAAUAUUUAACCUUUAGCA